AGUGCAAGAUUACACAAUAAGCUGUUUGAACUCUGUCCACCGACAAGGAGUAGAAUACCGGAUUUUGGCGCUGUAAGUCCUUAACUCACCAGUUACUCACCGAGUGAUUGACGAAAAUUAAAGACCGACAACUAAAUAUAUUACUUAUCAUAAAUAAUCAAAGACAAAACAUAAGAAUUCUGUUUCUGUAGCUACUUUUACAGACAGAAUAACGAAUAAUUUCGACGGCCCAAAGGGUGGCGCCACUAUCGAAAGGGAUAAUGAGGUGACCAAGCAUCAUGGUUCAGAAUAAUGGCAAUGAUUUUGAAGAACUUGAACUUGAGGCACAUCACGAUCUUUUGAAUGAUAAAUGGAGGCAGCUGUUUGAUAAGUAUGAUCCUGAAGGAUUUGGUGAGAUUCCUUGGGACGAAUUUCUUGCAGCAUUAAAAAAACCCGAAUUUCAGGAGCAGAUUGACUCAUCCAGAAGAGAAAUGCUGGUGGCUAAAGCUAAGGAACGUAAAUCAUUGGCAAUCACCUUCGAGGACUUCGUCAGUAUAGUAAGUUAGGAAAACAUAAGUUGUAUCCCUGU